AUGUCAACGGCAACGCUCCACCCCCGCCAGCCAUUGAAAAGCCCACAACAUAAUCCGCUACCUCCCGUCCUACAUACACCUACAGGACUUGCUCUGCUCGAGCUCCAGGGCUCAAUCAACACAGGCGAGGGAUCAGCGAGUGAACUCGCCCCCGGGACCAUCACCCAGGUCGGCCGACUCGACUUUCCCGAAUACGUGGCUGGCAAGUCGGAGGAUGGCGGGUCGUGGAUGAAGCGUGUUUAUCUAUACGUCGGUACCAAUCAGAGGCUCACCGGCGAGAUCAAGAAGCUUCCGAGACCCGUCGCCAUCAUUCGGAGGCGGAGGAAGGGUGAUGUGGAGGACGACGAGGUUGAGAUGCGGGAUGGGGGUGAGGACACCCACGAGAAGGACGGUGCUGGGGACGAGCUAGAGGUUGUUGAGAUCGUCAGAUACAAGCUGGUGUUUUCUCAACGACCGGAACCGGUGGGAACAGAGGCGAGCUAG